UUAAUAUAAAUAUUUUCCCUCCUCAAAUCCUCUUCACAAAAAAGCUCCAUUUCUUUCUCUGCAAAUCCGCCAUUUUCUCUAUUUGUCCAACUCUCUCCUUCUCUCUUAGCUUCAAAUGCUCUGCAUUUCCGUGAAUCUCUUUAGCCGUUUUUGAUCUCGAGGACCUUCAAAUUCUCUGGAAUGGACGACUUCGCCUCGGAAGACCGCGCCGAUGGGGCUCAGCGUCCAAUAUCAGAAGAUGAAAGGGUCUACUUCGUGCCUUACAGGUGGUGGAAGGAAGCUCAGGAGCCUUCGUCUGGGGAUGGAGAUGAGAACAGAGGCAUUGUAUAUACGGCGUCGUCAACCUCUUAUGCCGGUCCGAUGAAGAUCAUAAAUAACAUUUUUAACUCGGAUCUCGUUUUCAACCUUAGGAGAGAAGAAGAUUCCGGGCAGGAUGAUCUGGAUGACGAGGGAGUAUCGGGACGGGAUUAUGCCUUGGUCACUGGCGAAAUGUGGUUGAAGGCGCUCAAAUGGCACAGUGAUUCUAAUAUGGCAAUGAAGGACAGUAGGAACUUUUCAGGUGCGGAGGAUGAUAUGGCAGAUGUCUAUCCUCUACAACUCAGGCUCUCUGUUAUGCGGGAUACAAAUUCAUUAUCAGUGAGGAUAAGUAAAAAGGACAAUGCAGUUGAACUCUACAAAAGGGCAUGCAAGAUUUUCAGUGUCGAACCUGAGCUAUUACGCAUUUGGGACUUUUCUGGGCAAACAAACUUGUUUUUCAUAAAUGACAGAAGCAAGUUGCCUAAAGAUGGUCAACGCCAGUCAGAUCAAGAGAUUCUCCUGGAACUACAAGUUUAUGGGUUGUCAGAUUCCAUGAAGAGCAGAGAAGGGAAGAAAGAUGAACAGUCAAGAUUUGGGGUUUCCUCUUAUGGUGGUUCACCAAUGGUUAAUGGCAAUGCUGGGAAUAUGGAUUCCAGUUGUUCUCUAACCAACUCUUCAGUCUUUGGUGGAGGCUCUGGAGAAUCCGGUUCUUUGGGGUUGACAGGAUUACAGAAUCUUGGAAAUACCUGUUUCAUGAAUAGUGCCACCCAGUGCUUGGCACAUACACCUAAGCUUGUUGACUAUUUUCUUGGAGACUACAAUAAGGAAAUAAAUCAGUACAAUCCACUGGGGAUGGAAGGUGAGCUUGCCUUGGCAUUUGGUGACUUAAUAAGGAAGUUAUGGACUCCUGGAGCAACUCCAGUGGCACCAAGAGUGUUCAAAUCAAAGCUUGCUCGUUUUGCCCCUCAGUUCAGUGGCUUUAACCAACAUGAUUCUCAAGAGCUUCUUGCUUUCUUAUUGGAUGGUCUCCAUGAAGAUCUGAAUCGUGUAAAACACAAGCCUUAUAUAGAAGCUAAGGAUGCAGAUGGUCGUCCAGAUGAAGAAGUUGCUGAUGAAUAUUGGCGGAAUCAUCUUGCUCGCAAUGAUUCGAUUAUAGUUGAUAUAUGCCAAGGUCAAUAUAGAUCAACAUUAGUUUGUCCUGUUUGCAAGAAAGUUUCUGUCACAUUCGAUCCAUUCAUGUAUCUAUCACUGCCUCUACCAUCGACAACAGUGCGGACGAUGACUAUAACAGUUUUAAGCACUGAUGGGAGUACACAACCAUCUCCAUUUACCAUAACCGUGCCAAAGUCCGGAAAUUGUAAAGAUCUGGUCCAGGCUUUAAGCAUCGCAUGUUCCUUAGGGAGCAACGAGACCCUAUUGGUGGCUGAGAUAUACAACAAUCGGAUUAUUCGUUACCUAGAGGAGCCGUCUGAUUCAUUAUCCUUGAUUAGAGAUGAUGAUCGUCUUGCUGCUUAUAGGUUACCAAAGGAUCAUGAUAAACUCCCUUUGGCGGUUUUCAUGCAUCAGCGGGUGGAUGAGCUUUACAUCCAUGGGAAGAUGACAUCAUGUCCAAAGGCAUUUGGAACCCCUCUUAUAGCAAGCCUGUCUAAUGUUGUUAAUGGAUCUGAUAUCCGUAAUCUGUACAUGAAACUACUUAAUCCAUUCUUAAUAUCCACUGAAGAUGACUUGGAUUUUGAUGAUAAUAGUGGGAAGGAUAGUAAUGCUGAAGUUACCAAGAUGGAGUUUGACACUGGCACUCCUGUUUUGAGUGAUGGUGGAAGUUCAACUGAUGAAUCAAGAAAUAGAUCACACUCUGAUUCUGAGUUUCAAUUCCACCUGACAGACGAGAAAGGCACACUAAAAGAUUCAAUGGUUGAAAUGGAUGAGCCAAUAUUAGUAACAGAAUCUUCCGGGCGGUUGAGUGUGCUUGUUUCUUGGAGCGCUCAAAUGAUAAAAGAAUAUGAUAUUCAUCUUCUCAGUUCAUUACCUGAGAUUUUCAAGUCUGGCUUUUUUGUGAAGAGGCCUCAGGAGUCUGUUUCUUUAUAUGCAUGCCUUGAAGCCUUCCUAAAGGAGGAACCUCUCGGACCAGAAGACAUGUGGUAUUGCCCGAGCUGCAAGAAGCAUCGGCAAGCAAGCAAGAAAUUAGAUCUCUGGAGACUGCCGGAGAUUCUUGUUAUUCAUCUAAAAAGGUUCUCAUACAGCCGGUUUUUGAAGAACAAACUAGAGACAUUUGUGGACUUCCCUAUUUGCGAUCUUGACUUGUCAAGCUACAUUGCCUACAAAAAUAUCAAGUUGUCCAACCGAUACAUGCUUUAUGCAGUCAGUAAUCACUACGGGAGCAUGGGAGGUGGUCACUAUACUGCAUUUGUCCAUCAUGGGGGCCAUCAGUGGUAUGACUUUGAUGACAGCCAUGUUUUUCCUGUCAGUGAGGACAAGAUAAAGACAUCAGCUGCUUAUGUUCUUUUCUAUAGACGAGUCACAGAUGCAUAAUAUGACAUUGCUAAUGGAAGAAAAUUUUAAUCAUCGGGGACCACUACUCAGCUGAAGCUACUCAAUGCUUCCUUUCUAUGUGGCCUUGCAUGUACCAUUUUUGAAAGUAGCAUUCUUUCGUCAUCGGCAUUAUAUGGUUUGGAUUGAUGCACCUAAAGAGAGGUGGCAUGGAUGAAUAGGAAAAGAGGAACUCAAGCUUAAUGGUGGUGCCAAAGAUGACUGUAACAUAUUAACAGAUGAAAGUGAGGUUCUUAGCUGUUGAGUCAGGCCCUAUCUGUCCUUUGUAUGUUGUUAGCAAGUAUAACUUUCUUUUAAGGAAAAAUCUGCCACUAGUUUUCAUUUUUCCUGAAGGGAUGGUAGCUUCUACCCAUUCUUAUAUUUGUUGAUUAAUUUUUUUUUGAGUGAUAUGUUUUAUUAAUGAGUUUCCUGAAAGUAGGACAUUUCUCAAUUUCCUUCUACAUUCUUUUUCCAUCAAGUCUAUUGUUCCAUUUUUCUUUCUGUAACUUUUCUCCUCCCAUUUGGUUUGCUUGGUUUGGAUAUUGGAAUUGACGGGUGGUUGAUUAUUGGCAAUGAUUUUUGUCCUUAAUAGGACAUUGAUGACA